AUGGAGGAUUUAGAUGCUUUGCUGGCAGAACUGGAGCAGAGCUCUCGCCCAGCCUCCAAGGACUGCAUGGUGCAGGUGCCGAGCUCCUGCAAGCAGGAUCCAGGUUUGUCGUUCCAGGUGCAGCUGCCACCUCGGGCUCAGCCUCAGGGAGAGGCUUUGACGACAGUGUACAGCAGUCCCGUACCCGUCCCGCAGCCGCUGCUCCCCUCCGCCCCACCCACGGCGGCCACCCAGCAGCUGGACGAGCUCCUAGCUGACCUGGGCCACAUGCAGAGCAAGCUAGCAACUGUGGGGCACGGAGCCGGGGUGCCAGCAGAGCCCUCGCCCUCGCUGGACAAUAUGCUGGGCAGCCUCACCCGGGACCUGCAGGAGCUGGGCAUCACAGCCGCCCCCACCGGUGUCUGCACCGCCUGCCGCAAGCCCAUCGCCGGCAAGGUGCUCACAGCCCUGGGCAAAACCUGGCACCCCGAGCACUUCUCCUGUGCCUGCUGUGGGCAGGAGCUGGGCGGCCGGCCCUUCUUUGAGCGGGGCGGGCGGGCAUACUGUGAGGAGGACUACCACCAGGCCUUCUCCCCCCGCUGCGCCUACUGUGCCGGCCCCAUCCGUGAGAAAGUCCUCACAGCCCUGGACCAGACCUGGCACCCCGAGCACUUCUUCUGUGCCUACUGCGGGAAGGUGUUCGGAGAUGAUGGUUUCCACGAGCGCGGUGGGAAGCCGUACUGCCGCCAGGACUUCCUGGCCAUGUUUGCCCCGAAAUGCCAGGGCUGCGAGCGCCCCGUGACGGACAAUUACCUGUCGGCCCUGCAAGGCGUCUGGCACCCUGAGUGCUUUGUGUGCGCGGAGUGCCUGAGCGGCUUCGCCAGCGGCUCCUUCUUCGAGCUGGAGGGUCGGCCCUACUGUGAGCUGCACUUCCACCAGCGGCAGGGCAGCAUCUGCCACGGCUGCAGCCGCCCCGUGACCGGCCGCUGCGUCACAGCCGCGGGGCGCAAGUACCACCCCGAGCACUUCAUCUGCGCCUACUGCCUGGGCCAGCUGCACAAAGGCACCUUCCGCGAGCACGGCAACAAGAUGUACUGCCAGGCCUGCCAUGACAAGCUCUUCCUCUGA